UUAUGGGUGGUUCCUCAUUCUAACUCAACAACAUUGAAAUGGUCGAAUUUGGAGAACCAGCUCCUAUCCGUGUGCCCGUCAUGUUCUGUUCCGUAUUACUUCUACCCUCAGACUACAUGUUCCUCGCCCCCUGCAGUUUAUCUAUUGAAGUUUCUUUGCUGUGACCGUAAUGGAUUAUUGCAUGAUGUCACUGAAAUUCUGUCUGAUCUUGAGCUUUCGAUUCAAAGGGUGAAAGUGACAACAACACCAGAUGACAGGGUCUUGGACCUGUUCUUCAUAACAGAUAACAUGGAUCUUCUGCACACAAAGGAGCGGCAAGAUAAGACAUUGAAACAGUUGCAAGCCGUAUUGGGUGAGUCGUGUACCAGUUGCGAACUUCAGUUGGUAGGUCCUCAGUAUGAUCCCCACCAUGGCAUUCCUUCUCUGUCUCCAUUAGUAGCUGAAGAGCUAUUUAGGUGUGAGCUGUUGGAUAAAGAAAUCCGUUCUCAAGCUCUUAGUCCUGAUAUGACGAAAUUCAAGAAAGCUAAUGUAACAAUAGACAACUCAUUGAGCCCAGCACAUACAUUACUUCAGAUCCACUGUGCUGAUCACAAGGGUCUCUUGUAUGACAUUAUGAGAACUUUGAAAGACAGCAACAUCAAGGUUCUUACUGAGGGUAAACAAAAGGAUGUACUUAAAGCUGCUGGUGCAUUGUCUUCACAUAUUUGUGAGGUUUAGGCAAGGUUAAUGUGCAUCACAUUUAUGGACAAGUAUCGUGGGGGUUAAUGUUGGGAUAGAAUGACUUUGUUGGAUAUAUGGAUGAAUGUAUUGAAUCUUUACCUAAAUAAAUGUGUUUUGGGUUGUCA